CUGUUUAGAAUUCGAAUCGAACUUUUUUCGCUCAAGCGGAAUUCUAAACGGAAUUCAAACGGAACGUGCUGAGUGGGAAGGAUUGACAGAAGUCUGGUUGGCGGAAAUACCGUAGAUGACUUGCAAAGUCAAGAACCGGGAUUCGGUCUAUUUGCCCGAAGGACCCGUAACCAGACAGACCGGCCUAGAAGUCUGUCGGACAGCAGGUAAUUGCCGCCGUAAAACCAAGUGUGACCCAGUACUAAUGUGAUUCUAAUGUGAUUCCGUGAUAUUUCAGCUAAGCUCGCAUACGAUCCACUCGAUGUCCCAAUGGUUGAUCUCAAACGUUUGGCCAAGCCCCCCAUCGCUGCCAGAUCCGCGCCGCCGAUUUUGUGCCAGUUCGCCAUUCGCAACGAGAGAAAUGCCUUCUACAGCAAGUACCUCAGCCUAAGGAACCUCAACCUCGAGCACAUCGGCUUCAACAACAAGAACCGCAUUUUCAUCAAUGAGAAUCAAACCCCAAGAUCGCGAAAUCCAUACUGCUGCUAUCAAGCUGAAGAAAGAAGGUCGAAUCCAGCAAGUGUUCAGCAGAGAUGGAGUUGUCCACGUCAAGUCUAGAGGAGGUCCUGCUGAAGCUUGCUACACCGUUGAACACCUGAGAUCCUGCAGCAAAUAAUCCCUUUCCAACAAGCUACUCUUUUUCCUUCCAUUCUUCCCUUGUAUCCAAUCCCCAAAAUUCCCCCAUGUUUUCUUCCGUCCUAAAAGCAAAAAAAAAAGAAAUGCAAAAAAAAAUCAAAAAAAAACAAAAAAAAAAUUAACAAAAUAAAAAAACGCAAAAAAAAUACAAAAAAAUAACUAUUAAAAAGUCCGUAGGUGACACAAGCCAAGUGUCGCUGAGAUAGAGGACUCAGCCGUAGGAGAAACCCGACUCCUUGUGGGUCGGUCGCCUGACCUACAAUGCGUCCUGCGGUCACUCCGUAGGGGUGCGCAGGACGUGGUAGGUUAAGUGGUUACUCCGUAGGGGCGAGCUGAACCCCCGAGCCAGUGGAGGCCACUGACGGCUGUUCCAAAACAAACCCUUUUCCCUUUACGCUUUUCUUUUUCCUUCCCCAAAUUUCUCCUAUGAAUCCGUUUCCCAGUUAUCCUUGACUCCAUUGUCCUCUCCUAAAAGUAAAAAAAAAACCAAAAAAAAACCAAAAAAAACAAAAAAAAAUCAAAAAAAUCAAAAACCAAAAAAAAAAAUUAAAAAAAUCAAAAAAAAAAACGCAAAAAUACAAAAAAACUAUUAAAAGUCCGUAGGUGACACAAGCCAAGUGUCGCUGAGAUAGAGGACUCAGCCGUAGGAGAAACCCGACUCCUUGUGGGUCGGUCGCCUGACCUACAAUGCGUCCUGCGGUCACUCCGUAGGGGUGCGCAGGACGUGGUAGUAAAAACCUAACCUCUGAGUGAGUUAUUGCCAGCACCAUUCACUAGUUUUUUUGGAGGAGUUCUUUGAUAUGUUUCUAUGCUUUUUCAAUUUAAAAAUUAUAGUUUUAGUUUUAGAAUUAAGUUUAUUUUCUCGAAUGUUGAAUCUGAUUCUGUUGUUGUGUACAGGUUAGGUUUGCGCCUUCCUUUGAUUUACCUUUAUAAUGGCUAGUUCAACAACUGGAAAUGUCUCAGCUAACCAAUAUAUAACAAGAGCUGUUGUAAAUGCAAUCUUUGAUAAUACUAAACUAAACAUUUGUCAAAUCAACGUACAAAGCUUGUGUGCAAGAAAUUUAGUUAAACUUGAAGAAUUAAGACGAGUUUUCAAGGAUAGUAAAGCGGAUGUUGUUUGUUUUACUGAAACAUGGCUUGAUACCUCCAUUACUGAUUCUUUAAUCGCAAUUGAUGGUUACAACUUGAUACGAAAUGAUCGUAAUAGACACGGAGGUGGCAUUUGCGUUUAUUACAGAGAAGGCCUUCAAUGCAGAGUUGUCGAAAAAUCAAAAUCCGUACGUGAGACUAGUUCUACCGAAUUUUUGUUACUUGAAAUUGAAUGUCUCAAUGAUAAAUUGUUAAUGGGAGUCUAUUACAAUCCCCCAACUGUUGAUUGCUCUGAAAUUCUUUCUGCACAAAUUUCAAAAUACUCAAUGAAAUAUAAAGCUUGCUUCCUAAUAGGAGAUUUUAACACCGAUCCAAAUAGAUCUGGCGCGAAAUCAAAGCGCUUCAAUGAUGUUUUAAGUGGACUAGCUUUUCAUUUUGCUAAUAGGGAACCAACAUAUUUCUAUCAAACAGGAUGCUCUCUUCUUGAUCUACUAUUAACUGAUUCCCCAAAUCAAAUUUCUAAAUUCAACCAAGUCUCCAUGCCAGGCAUUUCUCAUCAUGAUCUAAUCCUAGCUUCACUUGAAUUUUCUUUUACCAUACCUGAAAAUCGUUCUUAUUAUCAUGACUAUAAUAAUAUUAAUUAUGCUGAAUUAAAUGAAGCCUUCAGCAGAAUAAAUUUGGCAAACUUUUUAAAUUGUGCUGAGCCAGAUAUACUUUUAGAAUUUUUCAAUGUAAAUAUGCUAAAUAUAUUUACGCAAUUUGUUCCUUUAAAGGAGUUCAAAGAACGCAAAAAUCCAUGGUUCAAUGCAGUCAUUGAAAAGGCCAUGAUUGAUAGAGAUCUAUCCUGAGCAAUUCCAUCUCAAAUCAGGAAUUUUUCUGGUACUUUUGUACCCGACCCUCUCCGAUUUCAAUAAAACUUUGUAGACAUGUUAUC